AUGGUGGUGAUGAUGAGGGCGGUGAUGAGAGUGCUGCUCAUGGUGAUAAUGGGGGUGAUGAUGCUGGUGAUGGUGCUGCUGAUGGUGUGGACAACGGCCCUCUCUCCAGCCCACGCGGCCAUGGCCUUCACCCCAGCGCCACUGGAGGCCACCUCCCCGCACCCGCAGUUCUGCAAGUGGCCCUGCGAGUGCCCGCCGGCCCCGCCCCGCUGCCCGCUGGGGGUCAGCCUCCUCACCGACGGCUGUGAGUGCUGCAAGGUGUGCGCACAGCAGCUGGGGGACAACUGCACGGAAGCUGCCGUCUGCGACCCCCACCGGGGCCUGUACUGUGACUACAGCGGGGACCGCCCGAGGUACGCAAUAGGAGUGUGUGCACAGGUGGUCGGCGUGGGCUGCAUCCUGGACGGGGUGCGCUACACCAACGGCCAGUCCUUCCAGCCCAGCUGCAAGUUCAACUGCACGUGCGUGGACGGCGCGGUGGGCUGCACGCCCCUGUGCCUCCGUGUGCGCCCUCCACGCCUCUGGUGCCGCCACCCGCGGCGCGUCCGCCUGCCUGGCCGCUGCUGCGAGCAGUGGGUGUGCGACGAUGAGGCCAGGAGGCUGCGCAAGACGGCGCCGCGGCACACGGGAGACCUAGCGGCCACGGGCGAGGCGGAGCCCUGGCACAGGAACUGCAUAGCCCACACCAGCCCCUGGAGCCCCUGCUCCACCACCUGUGGCCUGGGCAUCUCCACGCGGGUCUCCAACGUCAACGCCCGCUGCCGGCCGGAGCAGGAGAGCCGCCUCUGCAACCUGCGGCCCUGUGACGUGGACCUCCGGCUGCACAUCAAGGAAGGGAAGAAGUGUCUGGCUGUGUACCAGCCGGAGGCGCCCACGAACUUCACGUUGGCCGGCUGCGUCAGCACGCGCGUCUACAGGCCCAAGUACUGCGGAGUCUGCACGGACGACAGAUGCUGCAUCCCCUACAAGUCCAAGACCAUCUCUGUCCCCUUCCAGUGUCCCGACGGGCCUGGAUUCUCCCGCCAGGUCCUGUGGGUCAACGCCUGCUUCUGCAACCUCAGCUGUAGGAACCCCAACGACAUCUUUGCCGAUCUGGAACCCUACCCUGACUUCUCAGAAAUUGCCAAUUAG